AUGGCUGACGCUCAAAACAUUGUCUACCGUGGGAACUGCCACUGCGGUCGUUAUCGAUACGAGCUAAGCCUGCCUGGCGAGAUUGGGUCGGCUACUUCUUGUACGUGCAGCGUCUGCCUCAAGAAAGGCUACCUAUGGUUGGCUCCGCCCGAGGGCAGUUUUCGGGUCGUUAAAGAUGAUGGUAAUCUAGAGGAAUACACCUCGAAGUCGCUACGUGAUAAGUUCUGCAACCAUUGCGGUACUGGAGUAAUUGGACAGCACACUGCUGGACCAUUGCGUGGCCAAUUUGCCGUGAAUGUGCGGGCCAUUCAAGGGGUCAAUCCGUAUAAUAUCAAGAUCGCGGCGGUCGAGACAGGAGACGAAGAGCCUGAGGCUCAACAGCUCGAAAAGACUGAGCCAACGGCACACCAAGUAUUCUCCUGCCAUUGUGGCAACGUCAAGGCUGAGCUUCUAGUUCGCAUUCAGGACCAGGAAGUCAAAGAGGACAAUUGCAGUUCCUGUGUCAGGAAUGCCUACAUCGGAGUCUACCCAACCAAGGACCAAGUCAGAAUCCUUGGCCGGGAACAUGGCUUUGAGUAUGCCGGUCUGAAGGCUGACCUCGGAGGGCCAAAGAUGGGUGGUACAGUGCACUGCAAGACAUGCGGAGUCUUCGUUUUCACCAACAUCUACGGACCGCCCAUCACUGUCUUCGACAGGUUGCCCCCGGAAAGGAAGGCGUACGCUCUGGAGGUGUAUCACAAAAACAUGAGCCUCCAGCCGCUCAACGUGAGAGCCAUUGAGGGCUUCCAGUUGCUAUCUAAGGCUAUAGACAUCGCACAGUCAGACGAGGGCACAGAUGGGUAUUCUCAGCUGCUGGAGCCUUGGGAGGGUGCUUCGGAUGCCGAGUAA